AUGGCAUCCGAGUCUAGUACCCCAGCCCGACAUUCUCGAGCAAACGCUGCGCCGACGCCCCAGCCUACAGGUCCUUCGUCUGUCUCGACUACCGUGCAUAUAACCAGCGUGACUGAUUUUGCACUUUUACUUCCUGCAACAAAUGGAGAGCUUAUAUCAGAUGCUGAGAGUGACGCGGUGGCGUAUUGUACCAAUGGAUCUGACUGCCAGAAUACAUUUCCAGCAGGCUUCGUUACUGGCGCCAUUAUCUCGGAGGCGAGCGAUGGGUCCUAUAUACAGAUCACCGGCUGCUUGGACCCCGGCAAGUUCCACUUUGCGCAAGAUGACGCAGGAGGUCAGAUGGACGUCCGAUUUCCCAACGGUGCGAAGUGCGCCUAUGGGGGAUACGGCGCAAGCUUCAUUGAGCAGGUCGAGCCUUCUGCCAAUCGUUUCUGCCUUCGUUGUUGCGCAUCCGAAAAUGAUCAGGUCAACUGCAAUUCACAUAACGACAAAGCUGGCUGUCCUGUUGCUGUUCCUGGCACAUAUGACUUCGACGGAGUGAGCUGCUCCUAA